AUCGCGUUGACCGUUGUCCGGGCUUUGUUGCAGCACGGACUUAGCGGGCUCAUGCUGCUCGAUCUGGAUGUUGCCUCGGAAGCUGCUCGAAGAAACAUUCAUCAGCUUCAAGAAGAGUUUCCUGGAACCAAGAUUGAGUGUUUUUCGGUCGACGUUACGGAUGAAGGCGCCGUUGCUGAUGCUGUAGCCGUGACGGUUGAUCUCUUGGGAUCGGUUGACUACCUCGUCUGUUUCGCCGGAAUUGUCAAUUGCGGUCAUGCUCUCGACAUGCCGGUCAGCGACUUUAGAAAACUACUGGACGUCAACACGACAGGGAGCUUCAUCUGUGCGCAAGCAGCGGCAAGACAAAUGGUCAAGCAGGGGAACGGUGGUCGAAUCGUCUUUAUUGCAAGCAUCUCAGCCCAUCGAGUCAACUUUCCCCAGCCACAGGUUGCAUACAAUACCUCCAAGGGGGCUAUCCUAAUGCUCAAGAGUAGCCUCGCUGCCGAAUGGGCACAUUACGGGAUCACGGUCAACAGCAUCAGCCCUGGGUACAUGGAUACUAUCUUGAAUGAGGGAGAGGGCUUGGCUCAUGCAAGGCAAACGUGGGCAGAGAGAAAUCCGAGCGGUAGAAUGGGAUUGCCCGAGGAGUUGAGUGGCAUGGUUCUUUUGUUGUGUUCCAAAGCUGGCAGCUAUAUCAAUGGCGGGGAUAUGGUAGUAGAUGGU